AUGAACAUUGGGGAGCCGUCACUCAGCGUUCCAAACGCGGAAGGUGUGCCGCGCCUUACAGAUGUCGCGCUGUUCCUUUGCGGCCGGGCGAUUACGUCCAUGUGGCCCAGUGUCGUCGAAGCGGACUCGCACGCGGCUGAGACGUUUGCCACGUGGUACCUGCAGCGGGUGGCGUUCAUGCACGAACGCAUACCUGUCACUCCUAACGGGCCCUACGGCGAUGACAGAGUGACAGAGUACCGGGAUUGUGGUGAGGCGAACUUCUCUCUCGCAUUUCACGCGCUGUGCCGUGGGCCGUGUGAAAAGGAUUCCUCUGGUUUGAAACAUCAGAAGCACCAGCAGCUGUAUGACCAACGUGAGCGCUCCUCAUCAGUACCGACUGUAUUUGGUUUCGCCCAGCAGCCAGCUUCGCCGAGGUCAACGAUGGUUUCAACAACAGUGGUGGAAGCAGCUGCAGGUAUUGACGAGAAAAGCAGGGCGUUUGACUUUUUUGAAGAAGUGCUUGAACUUUGCCGCGACGUUGGUGGCGUUGAUGUGCGUGAUAAGUUUCUUCACCGACUUGUUGCACUCAUUACGGCGGACGCACGACCGAAUGAGCGCACACCGCAGUUGUACUGGGGUGGAAGAAGCGAGGAGGAGCGAGCAGCUAUUGUCCUACCAGCGCUUUCAACAUUGCUCGGUUCUCUCAACGAUGUCUUUGCACUACAUGCGGCGGGCAGCAUCACACGUGCGUUCACGGUCUGGAUGGGCGUUAGCUGGAGCUGUGCCUCUUUCAGCUGGCAGAUGCAUGUGGCCCGCGCAGCAGGACGCUGGCUUGUUGACCUGGAGGCACGUCAGACUUCUGCGACACCCGGCGACACCGCAGGCCACACACGGCCGCCGCAGAGGCCAAAGCCGUUUUGUUGCCGUCGUCCGUCGUCAAAGGGGUUCUACCCAGCAAGAGAUGGUAGACAAGAACCAAACAUUGCAAGCAUGUACGACGCCAUGCGUCGCAUUUGCGAGGGAUGUCCUCUGGGUGAUAAGGGUUUGCUGGAGUUGCUCGUGCAGAGCGGGUGUGACGUCCAGUUUCCCGAUCAAAAUGUCUUAGAGUACAUGAUGGGGGAUCAGGUGACGGGAGAGGCCUCACAGGACACGCAGCAGUCACAUCACUCAAUCUUGUUGAGUAUUACAAGUGGCGUACUUCUUUACGCACAAUUUUACCUCUCGGUGCGAUCGCUGGAGGCUGCCCUGCACUGCGCGCAGACUGCCGUUCUCGUUGGUCAUCAGUGGCGCUCUAACGAAUUCCUCACAAUGGCGCACUAUAGCAGUUUUCUUGUGCACAUCGCAUGCCAGGAUACCCCUGCUGCUGCGGGUGACAUCGCCAUUAUGCUGCAGUUGGCGGACGCUGUGGUUCGAAGAGAGAAUGACACCGAUGCCGUUGCCAACACACCUCGACUUCACGCUGGGUGCUUAGGCUAUAUGGGGGCGGCCCUUCUGCUCCUCAUUUGUCCCGGUACUGUUGACACAUACCUGCGGUCUGUCAUCAUCUCUGGCGUAGUGGCAGGAAUGUCAGCCUCUUCUGACGCUGCUGGGGGUGCUAGUUGCAGCGGCGGUACCAGUAAUAGCAAACCCAUGACUGCUGAGGCCGCCACUGGUGGUAAUUCAGUUGUCGUGCAAACCAUUGCGCAAACUGUGCGACACGCACUCUGGCUCUCCGAAGUUGAGGCGUUUCUUGACCCUUCCUCGACAGUGGCAACGGAGAUGAUAACCGGCGUUGCGAGAGAGACAAUGAUGAUCGUUGCAGGGCAUUACGGUGUCCGUUCCUCACUGAAGGUUAUUAAUGCUUCGACGCUUGGGUUUCUCUUGGCGCAGCUCGACGAGGAGGCAUCGACCAAAUCUUUGCUGAUCGUUCAGCAACCGCCAAUAUUGUUGCUGCGCGAGACAAUGCGGCAGACAGCCCAUCGCGCGUUAUCUAUGCAGGUGGGAACGUCUGACCCCUCACCUGGGGCGGGCCCAUUCAAUAUCCUGCACGACUUCCUCGUGGCGGUGGAGACGCACUACGGCGAGGAAGGUGCGGAGGUGGUGCAGGGUGAUUUCUUCUUUGUGUCGACAUACCGCUUCAUGUGUGCCAUGUGGCUGCGAAUCCAUGGGUACAUGAAGUCCGCGUACCAGGAACUCACGCGGCUUGCAGAGAGUAUGCUGUUUCACAGCCGUUGCUUUGGUGAAAGCUCUGCAACUGGCGAAACAUGUCCAUCAGGAGUAGCGGCGUCUACACCAGGUGUGGCAAUGGAUAAGGCUGAAGCGUCAACGACCGGGGUGGAAAGAAUGAAAAAGACAGACGGUCUGCGCUACUGGCCGCCAGAUCAUUUGUUGCUCUGGCAGCACGUUCAGUUUGAGCGGGCACAGCUGGCGCACUACCUUGGGUAUUCCUCGACUCUGCCUGAGAUCAGCCAGUCACUUCGGCAUGUGAGUGCGGCCAGCCAUUUUGUGAUGGGCGUCCUGUACGCCGACAUCAUCUCCGCGAUUAUGUGGUCUCAGCGCCGGAAUUUUUGCGGCGCCCUCCAGGCCCUUGACAAGGUCCUGGGCAGCGCGGAGAGUAUCGGGUUGACGCUGGUGCAGGCGCAUGUGCGGUCGCAGCGAGUCUCCAUUCUGCUGGCCUGCAAUCGAUGGAGGGACGCGCUAGACACAUUGCAGGGGAUGCGACCGCUGCCGUCGGUGCUGGAGCGCUCCUUUCUUCUUGCCCAGCUGCACGCGCAGAGUGAACUACUGAUGGCGUGCCCCACCGCAACGGAGGAGGACCUUGCCAGUGUUGUGGAGCAGCACGUGCGGCGGAUGGAGGCCUGCGGCUGCUUCCUCUCGGAGUCGGAGCAGGAGGACUCCGUCGGCAUCGCACUGACGGAGAAGUUGUGCGUGCAUGCCUGCAUUGCGCGCCUCGCGGUCACAACGUCGGCGGAGCAGCGGCGGGCGUGGGACGCUGACCUCUCCGCGCUGUCGCGGGAGCUGCAGCACAGGCAGUUUCAGGAGGGGCGCUGGCAGCUGCUUAGCAACACACCGAUGCGGUACGUUUGCCGCGAGAUACUUUCCGGCGACUUGCUGCAACGGAUACACCAGGAAGCAUAA